AUGCGUCUCUUGCGCCUUGAAGAUGGGGGGUUGGAACUCAAGAAUGUAGACAGUAAAGCCCCACCAUAUGCAAUCCUUUCGCAUACAUGGGGAGUGCCCGAAGAAGAAGUAACAUUCGGAGACAUGAUGAAGGGUGCAGACAAGAGUAAGGGGGGUUACCGUAAGCUUACUUUUUGUGAGAGACAAGCUGCAAAAGACGGCCUGCAAUACAUAUGGGUAGACACCUGCUGUAUCGACAAAGCAAGCAGCGCGGAGCUUUCGGAAGCUAUCAACUCCAUGUUUUCUUGGUACAAGAAUGCUGUCAGGUGUUACGUAUAUCUUUCUGAUAUAUCUAUCGUGGCUCCAACGCUCGGCGAAGAAGAUUCCCUUCGUUCUCGGCUGCAGAACUGUAGCUGGUUUACUCGAGGCUGGACACUGCAAGAGUUGAUCGCUGCUGAGGAUGUCACUUUCUUUGAUUGUGACUGGAGACUCAUUGGCUCUAAAAAGAGUCUCGUGGAAACGAUAUCAGCUAUCACCGGGGUUGACUCACUGGUUUUGAGCUAUUGUUGCGAGCUGCAUGAGCUUAGUGUAGCAAAAAGACUAUCCUGGGCGGCCUCCAGACAGAUUACCCGCAUUGAGGAUCAAGCCUACUGUCUUCUAGGACUGCUGAAUGUUAAUAUGACGCUCAUUUACGGCGAAGGCGGGAAGGCUUUCAAGCGCUUACAAGAUGAGCUAAUCAGGAAGUCUGCUGAUGGCUCCUUCUUCCUGUGGUUUCGUGGGAUGGAUACUGGCAUCCUGGCUCCGUCGCCGUCGUACUUCCACCCUUGUGGCAAGAUUGUCCAAACCCACAUCAACGGUAUUUCGCACUCCUGGGAAAUGACACAUCGUGGGCUAAGACUGACGUUACCCCUA